AAAAAAGUACUAUAGUAAGUAAGGAGGUAAAGUUUAAGUACCUUAAUAUUAUGCAUAAUUACAGUAUUUGAGUAACUACUUAGUUACAUGCCACCAGUGACUCUUCUCCAUAAGUCCCUCCCCCUGAGCUCCAAGCAAUCACAUGACCACUGGAGGCUACUUCCUGUUUGUUACAGAGGAGAGUGGUGGAGUACUUUCGGUUACAUGUGAUGAAUGUAAUACACUUUAUUAGCGUUUUGUAACACAAUGGACGUGGUUCAGCUGUUGUGUUUGGUGCUGCUGCUGCUGUGCGGAGCGGCUCCUCUUGCAGCGGCUCCCGCAGGCAGCAGCCACCUGCCGGGCUCAGGCAGGUUCUGGCACAUCACUGACCUCCACCUGGACCCCUCCUACCACCUGAGCCCGGACCCCACCAAGGUCUGCUACUCCUCCAAAGGAGCGCCCGCCACCCACGCCGGCCUGUACGGGGACUUCCUGUGUGACUCUCCCUACGCUCUCAUCCAGUCCGCCUUCGCUCACAUGGCGCCGCUCACUCAGCCACAGGACUUCAUCAUAUGGACCGGUGACAGUCCGCCUCAUGUCCCUGUAGACGAGCUCUCUACGGACACAGUGAUCCAGGUGAUCAGUAAUAUGACCCAGACCAUCAGACAACACUUCCCCAACCUCACAGUCUAUCCUGCCCUGGGAAACCAUGACUACUGGCCACAGGACCAGAUGUCGACCUCCACUAACGCCAUCUACAAAGCUGCUGCCCAGCUGUGGAGGCCCUGGCUGCAGGCUGAAGCUCUGCUCACACUCUCACAAGGUGGUUUCUACUCCCAGCUGGUAAAGCCUGGUUUGCGGGUGCUCAGUCUCAACACCAUCCUCUACUACGGCCCCAACAGAGUCACCAAGAACAUGACGGACCCUGCAGGACAGUUCGAGUGGCUGCAGAAGACUCUGGAGAAAGCCGCUCAGAGUCUGGAGAAGGUGUACAUCAUAGCUCACGUACCAGUGGGCUACCUGCCCUUCGUCAGGAACACCCCCGCUGUCAGAAAGAGCCACAACGAGCGGCUGGUCGCCAUCUUCAGGGAGUACAGUGAUGUCAUUGCGGGACAGUUCUACGGCCACACCCACCGCGACAGCAUCAUGGUGCUGCUGGACCAACAAGGUAAACCGGUGAAUUCUCUCUUCGUGUCACCGGCUGUCACGCCUAUCAAACAUGUUCUGGAGCCCUACUCCAACAACCCGGCUUUCCGCGCGUACGUGUACAACACCAAGGACUACGCUCUCCUGGAUAUCUGGCAGUACUAUCUGAAUCUGACGGAAGCCAACGAGAAACAAAGAUCUGACUGGAGGCUUGAAUACAUCAUGACUGAGGCGUUUGGACUGGCUGACCUGCGGCCACAAAGCCUCCUCCAGCUGGCCCUGAGCUUCAGGCUGCCGCAGACCAAAGCCUUCGACGUGUACUUCAGUCACUACAUGGUCGGUUACGACAGCAGCAUCGUCUGCGAGGGCGACUGUAAGCUCAGCCAGGUGUGCGCUGUGCUCUGCCUGGACCAGCUGUCCUACUCCAAAUGUGUCGCAAAGGGACGACGGUUGUAAAUUAGUCGUUUAAUUUAAAGAAAAUACUCUGAUAUAAUGAAUGAAAAGGGAAAUGACAGGAAAACAGAUGCAAUCCAGACUACAAAUAGCAACCAGCUGCCACUGCAUACUGUACAUUACAUACACCGACAGUUAAUCACGUCAUUGAAACACGCGUUAGUUAAAUAUAAACUUCCAACGGGACCCAGAGGAUGAAAUGUGUAAGAAUGAACUGUUUCCUGUUACAAACUAAAUGUGUGACACGUUACGAGUGACAUGAAGAUGAAGAAUGAACUGAGACAAUAAACCAUGUAGCAUGUUGCUGUGUUCACACUACGAGCCAAACGGCAACAAACCGACGCCCGAUCACUUUUGUUCAGCGCUCCAUUGACGCGCUGAAGCCUCGACCAAUCACAUGUUUUGGUUUCAAACUGUUCUGUUCCAUCUAAAUUGUUCAGAUAGCCACUCAGCGCUAAUUAACGAAAUUAACGAGCGACUCGUCGACCAUGUAGCUGACCGCUGUGUUGCUUCUGUCGCUCGUCGUGUGACCACAGCAUAUGACAUAGAAAGUGUUGAUUUUAAUGCUGCGGUGUAUUUUUUCUACUAAAUAAAGAAGUUUAAACCCGC